AUGUCCGACCAGGAGAAGUUAUCCAACCAGGAGGAGAGUCACGUGGAUGCUAAGACUAUAGCUAACAGGAAAAAGAGGGAGAAAAAGAAGGCUAAGGCCGCUGCUGCCGCAACCGAGGGCGGUAAGAAAAUGAGUGCUGCGGCUAAGUUGGCAGCAGCUCGUCUUGAAGCCGCUCGAGAGGCUGAAGAGGAGCGGAAACGCUUAGAGGAGGAGGCCCAGAAGAAGGCCGAGGAAGAGGAACGACUUGCUGCUGAGAAGGCUAGGAAAGCACAGGAGGAGAAGGAACGCAAGGCUGCUGAGAAAAAGGCCAGGCGGGAGAGGCUCAGGGCGGAGGGUAAAUUACUGUCGAAAAGGGAGAAGGAGCAGAAGGCCAAAGCUGAUGCGUACUGGACUUGGUCGCUGACCAUAGGAUUUUGCCCCUACAGGUACCGACAGAUGCUCCUAGAAAGUGGACAGCUUCCCGCUGCUGUUACGGCCUCUGAUGAGGACAGCACUACUGAUAAACCGAAAAAGCAGAGUGACUUGUAUGGGAAAAAGAAGAGUCAUAAGCAUAAGAAGCAGCCCAGUCGAGGGGAGCUUGUUGAGGAAAGUGUGGUAUCUUCGACACAUGAUGAUGACGAGGAUUGGGAGAAGGCAGAGGAGGUCGCUGAUAAGAAGAGCGAAUCGGAAGCUGAGUCGGUGGAUGACUGGGAGCUGUUGGAUGAAGACUCGGAUGAUGAUAAGAAGGUGGAGGCCUAUCCUACCCAUGUCAAAAACAAGCCGCAGAAGAAGGAGGUGGAUGUUAAGGGCAAAUUCGCAGCAGCGGACCCUCUUGCCGUUUUUGACUCCUCCGCCUCUGAGUUCCGCUCCCCCAUAUGCUGCAUUAUGGGCCACGUUGAUACUGGUAAAACUAAGCUGUUGGAUAAAAUACGGCGGACUACUGUUCAGGAGGGUGAGGCCGGAGGUAUUACCCAACAGAUUGGCGCUACUUUCUUCCCCGAGGCUAGUUUGCAGGAUGCCGUUCAUAAGGUUAAUCUGACGACAUAUCUUCAGCUGCCUGGUCUGCUCAUCAUCGAUACACCCGGUCACGAAUCCUUCAACAACCUUCGUGUUCGCGGCAGUUCCUUGUGCGACAUCGCCAUCUUGGUCGUCGACAUAAUGCAUGGUCUCGAGCCACAGACUAUAGAGAGUCUAGAGUUACUGCGAAAUAGGAAGUGCCCUUUCAUAAUCGCCCUUAACAAGAUCGAUAGGUUAUACCAGUGGAGGUCCUCAGCGAAUCGUCCAUCUCGGGACAGUCUGAAGGCUCAGAAGGACUAUGUUAAACAUGAAUUCGAUGAUCGGCUGAAACGUAUACAACUACAGCUAGCGGAGCGAGGCCUCAAUACAGCUGUGUAUUGGGAGAAUCAUGAUGUUCGCCGAGAUGUGAGUAUCGUGCCUACCUCAGCCGUCACAGGGGAGGGAGUACCCGAUCUGCUGUACCUCAUAGUCAAACUCACUCAAACUCUGAUGGCUAAGAAGAUUACACGGCAGCCGGACAUCUUCCAAUGCACUGUGUUGGAGGUGAAGAAUAUAGAGGGCUUGGGUACUACUAUUGACGUUAUCUUGGUUAACGGCCGGAUCAAGGAAACUGACCAGAUCUGCGUAUGCACUCUAGCCGGGCCCGUUGUUACUACUAUAAGGGCUCUGCUUACGCCUCCACCAGCUAAGGAAAUUCGAGUGAAGUCGGAAUAUGUCCAUCAUAAAGUCAUCAAUGGUUCCAUGGGGGUGAAGAUAUGUGCUCCUGGUCUCGAGGAGGCCGUUGCUGGGACGCAGCUGAUCGUGAUGCGGCCUGGUGAUGAUCCGGACGAGGUCAAGAGGAGGGCUAUGGCUGACUACAAGGCUGUAGUGAAUGAAUUCAAGAAGGCCCCUGAGGGCGUGUAUGUGAAGGCCUCUACCUUGGGCUCCCUAGAGGCCCUUUUGGAGUUCCUCAAGACCAGCGCUAUUCCAGUUAACCAAGUGGGAAUCGGUGAGGUUCAUCUUAUGGACGUCCGUAAGGCCUCGAUUAUGCUUGAAAAAAAGAAGGAAUUUGCGGUGAUACUGGCCUUUGAUGUGAAGGUGUCACCAGAGGCACGUGAUGAGGCUGAGAAAUUAGGAGUGAAAAUAAUGACGGCUGAAAUUAUAUACCAUCUUUUCGACCAAUUCACCGCGUACAUGGAACAGAUCAAGGAGGAGAAGCGGCAACAGGUCCAGGAAGACGCGGUUUUCCCAGUGGUCCUCAACAUCAUACCUCAAUACGUCUUCAACAAGAAGGAUCCUAUCGUCGUUGGGGUGGAUGUUUCGGAGGGCACCCUCCGACUGAACACCCCUCUGUGCGUGCCCGACAAGGACUUCCUGGAGGUCGGUCGUGUAGCCAGCAUUGAAAAGGACCAUCGGCCAGUCGAGAAGGCCAUCAAGGGCGACAGUGUGGCCAUCAAGAUUCAGCCCACCUCAGCCCAGGCCUACGUCACAUACGGUCGCCACUUCGACUCGAGCAAUGCUAUCAUGUCCCGUAUCAACCGCAGGACCAUCGACUGCUUGAAAGAGAACUUCAGGGAGGACAUGCGGAAGGAAGACUGGCAGCUCGUUAUGAGGAUGAAGCCGAUUUUUGGUAUACAAUAA